AUGUCAAGAAGAUCAUUAUCCUUGCCGGGUAGGCCUUCCAGACUUUCUCUGAUUGAGAAGAAAAUGCCGUUAGCAGAACGAAAAAAAGUGCAUUGGUCAACGGAUUUGGAGGAAGUUAUUUAUUUCUCUCCCGACUCUAUGAUCAGGAGGCCCCGGGAUGUUUCAGGAAUGAGGUCCUUCGAUCGGCGAGUGAGAAUGUUACGUUCAAGAAGCGUUUCGGUGAACAAGCGCUUGCCUCUAAAAGCGACUCAAACUUUGACAAGAAGUUUUAACGACGUGAAUUCGAUGCUGAUUCGCACCGGAGUGAAUAUCCUGUCGCAUCAAUUGGAAAGACUAAGAAGCCGAAGCGACAGCUUGGAAAUGUUCGAUCAACAGAGCAACAAUCGAUGGAAUGAACUUUUAGCGUUGUACCAGAAGCAAAUGAGGGAUCAGCUGGCCCAACAGGAAGAAGCAUGGGUCUGAAUUGAAACGAGUUUUCAUUUCGAGUCUACGUUGAUAUUGCUGUGGAAUCGUGACCAUAUUUGGCCAUCAGAUGAAGCGUGGGUAAACGCAUUUCACAACGGUGACGAAACUGGAUCUCAGUGGAUGGAGUUGAAUUUCGAACCAAUUCGUGGGAGAUGAAAGAAGCUUCAGGAACAGAUGGAAAAUGUUUACAUUUUAGCAAAAGAUCGAUAGGAAGCAGAACCGGUGAACUGAACUUUGCACUUCGAUGACAAAAUCGCAUAUUGACAUAUCCUGCUUUUAAUGACAUGAUUUAUCACCGUCAAGUAAAUCAUUUUUAAGCUUUUAUUGGUACAACAACAUAAAAUGGAUAAUUGAGUUUUGUACCUAAUUUAUUCAAAAUUUUAAAUUUACACUUAGAGUUCACAUUAGCAUUGGUAAGUUUGAUGAAUCAUUUUCUCAACGUUUACUUGGGCUUCUGUGCCCUAGUUGUGUUUCCAAAGAAAAUUAUCAUGCGUUUAUGUCUUGCGGUCGAUUAAAAGGAAUGAUGUAAUCUAAAUGCUAUUUUAAAAAAUGACUUUGCUAGAACACUUUUAUAAAUCUUUAUCAGUUUUAGAAGGAAAGUACAUCAAUAUUGAUGAUGUGUUGCGAAAUUUUGUGGCUGCAUACAUAAUUUGUUGUCAGUGGAAAGUAUGAAUUUACCGCUAGACCUUGUGAUGAAAUUUGUUUUUGAGCGCUAGCUAUAGCUGUUAGCUAAUAAAUAAUUGUAACCCUCAAAGACGAGGUUUUCAUAGUUGAUCAUCGAAGCUCAGAUUCAGUGCCAAUCUUGUUAUGAUUUCUACAGAACGUCUCUGUACUGUUCAUUCAAUAAUGUAGUGUCUGUCUGCAGAAAAUAAAAUGCUUCACAAUACUGUUCUGGAUUUUUUGUCGAAGCGUGGAGAAAUUCGUCUAAAAAUGGUCUCUGAUUUAGUCGCAUAGUUAGAAGUCUUGGCAACAAAUUCCAGGCAAGCAAAGGAGACAGCAGAAUUGCUCAACAUAAACAUACUGAAAUGUUCUGUUAUUAUAAAUUAUUAAUUUCUAUCCCAUGACAGAGGGGGGUUACAAGCCUUGUGAAAACCCCCAAUCUUUGCAACGCCCUUAAAGAUAGCGAAUGGCACAAACAUCUUAAUUGUUUAGGUUUCUUUAUUAUCACCAUCGGUGAAUACGAACGAAUCAAGAUGAUUCUACUGUAAUCGAAGAUUCCGUUACGGUCAUGUAACUAAUUUUUAUGCACAGUGCCAUAUCAGGUAAUUGGAAAAGUUUUUUUUUUUCGAGACUUCUAGAAUCAGCUCAAAAUAUCGCUUUCUGAUUAUGGAUGUCAAAGUCUUCUUCAGAAGCCGCGCCCAUGAAAAUGAGAUUAGGUUCACUUGAUUUCCGCUUACAAAAAAAAUAAAAAUGUGAAGGGAGCUGUUUUUUUUUGUUUUGCUCCGACUAGUCAAUAUCCACGGGGUCACUCAAGUAAAAUUAUGAUCUUAUAAUAAUAAUAAUAUUCGGUGUUUGACUUAGACGUGGUCCAGUCAAGGUCAAUAAUCUUGAAGUAUUUACGCCUGUUAUGUUUAAGGUUUUGAUAGCAGCAGCUAAAGAAUUAAGCUCGAGUUAUUCAAGUUUUACAUUUGCAAGAGGAUCUCAAUGAGAUGAUGGCUUUUAUCAGCUAACGGUGCAGAUUUUGCCAAUUAUACGACUGACGGUUAAUUAAUUUUUUUUGAGUUUACUUUCUUUACGACCUCCAGUAAGAUGUCAACUUUUACGUCCAAAGACUACGCCUUUAUGGCGUUUUACAGGUAACGGUUGUCACCAUUGAGUCCCUCUUGAAAUCCAUGUGAAUCCCAUACGUCCUCAUCUGACCUCGUUCCUUUUUUUUCUUUCCUUUAUUUUCUUACACUUAAUUGAAUUUUUGCUCUUUUUUUUAUAGUGGUUUCUGUCGGUGACGAUAUGAUGCUUUUUUCACGGCGCAGAAAGAGGACGCAGAGCUCAUGCAACGGAUUUCUAAAAAUGUCAUGUUUUGGUAUUUUAAUCAAUUGUUUUUAUUUCAAGGUCUAUUAGUCACCACAGUUUAUAUCUUUGGGAAUUUAUGAUGCUGACCUUGGCCAGGACUAACCAAAAAUAUACAAUUGUACUAUCGCAAUAAAUCAUUUUCUAAUUCUUUCCCAAGGGUUUGUCAAGGAUUAUUUGCUUUUCGAGGUGGUUGUCUACAUAAAUCUCAAUUGUUUGUCUUAUUGCCUUCCCCUUUAAGUCUCGGAAGUAUCGGCUCUAGUCAUGUGAGAUCAGGAGAAUUUUAAACGAAAAUUUGUCAAUAAUUUAUCCGUGGCGGACUUUGAACGAUAAAACCGUCAGCAGUUACAGUUGCAGCAGCUGUUGGCUGCACAGUAAGUUCGAAAAUAAAUCCCUUCGAGGCGCAAACUCUCAGAACCUCUGGCUUAGCGCAGUGAGUUUACCUCUUUCUGCUAAUAGCCCAACAAUAGGGUAGGCAAAGUCAGCUUUGUAAUCUUUGUUGGUGCACGAGGAAAAGACGUCUAUUACCCGGACUUUUCGGGUACUAGACGCAUGCUUACACGGCAUCAUCGUAGGAUAUAAGGCCCUAAGUUUAGAGCUCAUUGAGCGAGAAGAUUCUUUCUCUAAACAGCCUAGAGUAUCGAAAAAAAGCUUCAGCAACGUGAAAUAUAAAGAACUUGGAAACCAGUAAGUGCUUAAAGGAUUAUACACGGGCAAGCGUAGCUAUGGAGUUUCUCUUCGAGUGUUCAAUUGGAUAUGUCACGAGUGAGAACAGCGAACGGGUGGGAUAUCGAGUUGAACACGAGAGGAGAAAUUCAAUAUCUAAGAGCAACCAUGUAUUGUUUUGUUCAUGAUAUAAACACCAUAGGCCCUUACUAACAGGGAAAUUCUACAAACGAUCUUCGAUUGAGAAUGGUGAACGCUUUGCCAUUCAUUUAUCAACCUGACAGGGUGGCGCGAAAGGCGAAUGACGUGUCAGCAGCUGAUUGGUGAUAUCAAACACACGUAAACAAUUAUCGUAAUUUUACGCUUGUUCCGUUACGACUCUCCUCCAGGCUGGAAAUACCUGUAAAUCAUCGCAGUUUAUAUGAUAAAUGCAGUUUGUUUAACUUACUCCUGUUGAGGUAUCCCGUGAUACUAAAAACCUUAAUUUCCACUGAUGCCUUGGUGCAGCCCAAAAAACAAAAAAACAAAAAGGAACCAGAUUUUAACUCCUAAGUGUCGAACUUAAUUUGAGAAUGCAAUGAUUUUACUUCAAUAGGCUUUCUGUGAUUGGUCCAGAGAUUUAGCGAUGCCACUUAAACCACAGUCAGAUGCUUAAUUAGAACAAUUUGUGACUUCUUCACUGGCGUUUUCCCGUGCACAUAAAUUCACAUGUUUUCGAUUCGAGUUUUCAUUGGCUCCCCGAGGCACAAAGAUGAUUCAGCUGGUCAAAUAAAUGUGUACAAGAUACUCAACCAGAUUUGCAACCUAUUACUGGAACGGUGAUAGAUGUGGUUGUCAUUACUUGGAAAAACCGAUUGCUACGCUUUUUAGUUUUAAGGCGUGUUUUGUUGGCGCUCAAGACCAGGAGGUAAGUUUGCCUUCGAUAUAUUAAAAUUUUGAGAAUUAAGUGAAGUUUUUACAAUGAACACAACGCAAAGCCAGUAAACCGAAAAGAACUUUUUGCACGCGAUGAUACCGUGUUUGUACCUAAAUAAAAUGGGGGGGCGGACGCGAAAAACAAGAUAUGCACGCAAUGCACACCAAUAUACCACAAAGAGCUAUUUGUCCACGAAGAUACUGUGUAUUGUAACUGAAUAAAAUGGUAGGAAGCUGAACGUAAAAAUAGAUUGUAAAAGGAGAUCGCUGUCAUCAUCUACUGAAACCUUUGUUCAUUCUGAUACUGUGCAAACCUUCCCAUUUGACGAGUGUGGGAUAGAAAUGAGUUUGUGUACCACAGGAGAGUUAUUGUAAAGGUAAAGAAAAUAUUAUAACUUGCAUUCUGCGAAGAUUUGGGCGAAGAAGGCAGAAAGGUCAAAGAGAAAAAUAUCCAGCAAUGGAUGAUGAUAUUCUAUGGUAACCUUUCAGAAGAAUUCGAGAGCAAUUAAUUCAAUAUGUACAGGGCGCAAAUGUUAGAACGAUUUGAAAAAAAAAAAACUCAUUUGUGCACGGGCAAUAGCCAGUGUAUUGACAUAUUUCCUCAUUUUUACCAUUCAAUAGCUAGUAACCUUGGGAACAUUCCAAAUUGAACAACUGAAAUUAGGCUUUAAGCUUUUUUUUUAUUAAAUAGAUCGGUGUUAACAUUUUUAACUACGUAUUCAUCUACUUGCAGUUGUCUCGAUACACAAGUAAUUGGAUACUUAUGCUGUAUAAAUAAUAAAUAUAACGGACUUCUGUGCCUCAAUAAUCAGCCAAUAACAUCAUAUUUUACGAAGGUAAACUAAUGUAUUACAUGAUGCAAUCAAUCGUAAGAAAAACUUGAAGUAUUAACUGAGCUAUUUGCAUUCAUAUCGGAAGUUUUUAAACGGAGUUUUUCUCCGAUUGUGUCUUUCUUAGCAUAGCUCUUGUCACCUUAAUAUAAAUAACUUCGAUUUUUUAUUAAAAAAUGUGGCACCAGUCGGCACAAUUUUUCUUUUACAAUUAUUUGCAUGCUAAAUAGCUGUAAAAAUAUUUUCGACAUCAUUACAAAUAGGUGGCCUCAUUAACGUUAUUUGAGAAACAGUUUCAUUUGCUUGAGGCCAUUAAACUCAGAUCCAAACAGGUGAAGGCUACUAGUUAUAACUUGUCCUCCUCUGAUCCAAAUUUUUUACCCGAAAAAACUUCCAGCUAGGGAUUGAAUUUGUAUGACAAAUAUCAGUUUGAAACCAAUUUCCUUUUCUAGGGUAAUUUCUAGAGCAAUUCCAAACCGAUUUUUUUUUCUGAUACGAAAAUACUAUGGGUUACCUUAUGAUUUUUUUUCACGAGAGAAGGCUGGAUAACGGAUGAAAUCGUGUAGGGGAUGAGAUUGUUCGAGAGAUCUUAACAAUGACGGUUAUUUGGGCGUCAAAGUGCUGGAGAGAGGACGUGAAUGAAGCGAUUGAAAGCCAUCUCCCCCCUUCACGCCCCCUCAAUAAAAGGAAUUUUUCUUUCCAUGCAUACAGCCCCCUCCCCCAUCGUCAUCACCAUCCAUUGGAAUCGCCUAUCAACGAAAAAAGCAUUUCUUACUUAACUAACUCUGUUUAUGAAUUUACUACCGUCAAAUAGAUCACUAGAGGCUCCAAAGAGAUUCCUUCAGAAUGCUACCCAUCUUGAUCAUCUGGAUUUUUUACAGUUAAGUAUGAGGGGCCAUUCAUUAUAAACCGCCUGGGGAGGGGGGAGGGGGAUUUUGGGGGAAUUAAAAGAGGGGACAGAGGGGCGAUCAGUGGUCGCAAAUAGAGUAUAAAGUGCGCAAUAAAUAAUUGUGAUCCGUUUUCAUCAAAUAAAUACACAAAUGAUAUAAAGGGCUUUUUUUCAGUAGUAAACAUUAAAUAGAAAAAAUGGUAAUCUAACUUAUAUUUCCAUGAUUGGUAGGUUUAGAAGCUGAAGCGACCAACAUCUGCAGAAUCGAAUGUGACGUGACUUUUAAAACCAUUGGAUGCUUCAAAGAUUCGGUGAGAGUGUUAUAUUUUUGGUGGGCGAGUAGAGAUCUAGAUGUAAGUAACGAAGUAAUGUGCAUUUGUUUAAAUUUUGUUUGUUAAUUUGUCUGUUUACAGACAAAGAGGACGUUGCCAAACUACAUCUUAAACGAACGCGACCCUUCAAUAAAAAACUAUGGUGGUCGAAAAAUUGAAUGGUUCAAUUGGAAUGUAUACAUGCCAGGAUUUGUUUGCCGCUGUGCCAGAAAAGCGAUGGAGCAAGGCUACGAUGUGUUUGGGGUUCAAUUCUACGGUGAGAAGGAAAUCUUGGAUUGAUUUUUCAUUAUUUUGAAAUCAAGUUCAUAUCGUUGAAAAUCAUUCCUUCAUCUGACAAAACAAACGUUAAUUCUUCGUUAUUAAUAUUUAAUCUUUUUGAUCUCUUGUAUUGAAGGCGAAUGCUGGGCAGGACACAAAUCAAGUAACGACUACAUGUCCCUGGGUAGGGCAGAGGCAGACAAAUGUUUAGGGGAUGAUUAUAAACCCUGUGGUGCAUUCGAUCGAUUUUGCGUAGGAAAACAAUGGAGCAACAUGGUUUACGAGAUCGGUGAGUUUUUGGCGUAUGUAGAUUACCUCGCAUUUAGUCUAUUUUGGCGUUACAGUUUGGAGGAGGGACCGUAAAGAUGAGGACGAUGACGCGGCAAAACAAAAGAACUAAUGUUGGGGUAGAAGAAUAGCUCAUGACGAGUAUUUGCACAUUUCUUAGUUAUUCUCUGCAAAACAACAACGUGAAAUCAUCAACAUUUGCUUGGUUUGAGGAAGGAGACCCCAACGGCCAAUUACUUGAGUUUUGGAACUGCUCAACGAUGCUCACUUACAUUUUGAUUAAAUUGAGGUGCGGCGCCGUAAGAGACAUUUCACAUUUUCCAGCCAUUCGCUGAAUUCUAACCAGAAAUAUCAAUUAUUAUUUAAUAGAUGUCUGCCUCAGCGUUACCUUAAUUCCUGACCGCUAAAGGUCACGUGAUAUCCUCUUGCGUAGACGAACGAGGCCCGACGCGAAAGGGACUGAGAUUGACCCACACAGGCAUCCAUCUUGUGUUUCAGUUUCAAUGCAUCACAUUCUUUAACUUCUCUUUAGUUGACACAACAUGUAGCCUUCAAUACGAGAAGGUUGGCUGUUUCAGGGACAGACACAGAAACCCGCGACCCCUGCCAAAUUACUUGAUGAACGAUCGCGAUGUGUUCCAUAAAAAAUUUAGCGGGAAGCUCAUCGACUGGAAGAACUGGGACACUUAUCUCCCAGACUUGGCUUGCAGAUGUGCCAAGAAGGCACAAGAAAAGGGCAUGACCUUCUUCGGUUUGCAAUUCUACGGUAAGUUAUUCAAAUUCCAUUAAGGGUACAGCAUCUAGAAACUUCUAAAAUAUCAAGCCGUCAACGUGAUACAACGCGAUCUUUGGUUCUGCUUUAUUUCGCUCCAUAAUUGGUCCAGAAACCCCGCACCACUCUUUCAACCAAUAAGAAGUAAACCUAAAACCAGACACAACUUGGUCGCCCGCGUUUUCCCGCACUAUGGGCAGUUUGGUUGUUUUUACAUCGAGUUCUCGUUUGCUGUUAAAGGUUUUUUUUCCCUCUGAUUGGUUGUUGUGAUUUUUUUGGUUUUGGUUUUUACGACACUCAAUCGAAAAGCGCUCUAAAGUUACCUACAUCCCAGCUUUUAGCCAAGAAAUGACUUCUUUUAAGCAACUUUAUGCUCUUGGAUAGGGGUACAGUCUGCUAAGAUCUUUUCUAUUCCAGGAUACGUUUUCUUUGAAAAUCUGUACAUUCUGUGUAGAAAGGAUAUAAUUCUUAAGCGUAUAUUUGUUCUUCUGUUUAAAAACAGGGGAGUGCUGGAGUGGAGACGAUGGUCAUAACACGUUUGCCUUCGAUGGCCUACACAAGGCCUGCACUGACCAAUGUUAUCAGCCGUGUCGGCGCUACAGCAAAUUCUGUGUCGGACAAAACUUUGCAAACUAUGUCUAUAAAAUAAGUGAGCAGGAUGGGUUUGCUAGAAUAUUUCAAUUUCUAAUGAAAUGACAGAACUCGUGGUCUGUUAGCAGUUAAAAUCUAUUUGCAUAUUUUAGUGAGGAAACAUAACGCAUAUUUCAGGAAACAUUGCACAUAUCCCAUAUAGCGAGAAGCUUUUCACACAUGUGCCCAUGUCGUAUUAAAAAGGUUGAACCAUAAUCAAAUAUUGUUAGAGUACUUCACCGUUGCCUGGGCUUUCAGGUUCAUUGAAAAGUCUCGCAAUAUUUUCACGUCUAUUUUCAAUUUUCACGUUCGAUCUUACUCAAUCAAUUUAAUUUAUUUGAAUGUUGAUUGUGCAAAACAACUAAACCGAAUCGCUCCAUUUUUUCUUUUUCUCUCUUUUUCUUCCAAUCCACCUAUGUCUACUCAUUAAGAGAGCGACAAAUGUGAGAUUGAAAUUGAGGCAGUUGGUUGCUUCAAUGAGGUGCGAAAUGAUCGAGCUUUGGGCGAAGAAAUCUACAACGAGGUGGACCCAUCCAGCUCAGUGUUUGCGGGGCAUAUGAUAGACCCGAAAGACUGGAAAAAUGACUUUCCUAUGUUCCUCUGCAAUUGUGCCCGUAAUGCGAAGGCCAAGGGAUACGAUCACUUUGGUGUCAACAAUUUUGGUGAGGAAACUAAAAAAUUAGUUUUUUUUUACUAUUUUUAAGCAUUACGCGUUUGAAGAUACAGACAGACGGACGGAUACGCAGGUAGUAGGUAGAUGGGUGAGCAGGCAGGCAGAGAAACGGUAGACACACAAAUAAAGAUUGGUAACCAAGCAGCCAGACAGGGCGACAAAUGGGUAACUAGGCUGUUAGACAGACACACAGUAGGGUACAAAGAGAGCGGACGGACAGGAGGGUACUCAGACAGAGGACAGACAGGAGGGUACACAGACAGCGGAAAGACAGACCAGCAGAUAGACAGUCAGACAGACGAAAAUGCAGAUAGACGGACAGACAGACACAAGGCUGUCAGACUAAUAAACCAACAUUUUAAACUCAUGGUUAGUAAGCAGUUAAUAGUCGAUGAUAAAUAGACAUAAACACGGAUAGACAUAACAACAGACCACUUUCGAGGACAUUAAAUAGUUUAGACAAAUUGGCGGAUAAUGAACUUAAAAAGCAGUUUAUAACAGACAGACAGGCAGAGAAACAGACAUGUUUUAAACAGAUUUUUGUUUGAUUCAUAUACUGACAGAUAAAAAAGUGCGUCUCUGGCCUCUGAAAAGUUUUCGUUUAUAAUAUCUGCAUUUUUUUAGAAAUAGAACCAAAGUUUCGAUCAAUACGAGGUGUGGUCGAAAAUCUAAACCAUUUUUACAGAGAUCUUAAACAUAGACUACUCAUACUGUUUUAAAAAUUCUUGCCUAGGGUCAUGUUGGAGCGAUGAAGUUGCCGCAGGGAGGUACAAUUUACAUGGCGAAUCUUCUCUCUGCUAUGAAGGUGACACCAGCAGCAAUGGAGUUCCCUCUCCUCAGUGUCCACAUGGCUCCUUGCUGUGCACUGGCGGACCAGUGACUAAUUACAUUUACAAGAUCGCGGAAUCUGGAAAGUGA